AUGCAUGGCGGUUCAGAUGGAGCCCUGUCCCCCUGUCCCGACCCCUGUGGUGGCCCCAGCGAGAGGGCCGCCAGCGGGGGCACGCUACACCACUCCUACCUGCCUCUGCCGGAGCCCGAGGCGUGGCGGGUGGCCGGGCGCCAGGGUUUGACCCCGGGGUCGCGCUCCUGCUCCCUGCAGGUACCGCCCACGGUCUCCGGGAGCGUGCUGCUUCUCCCGCGGGCCGCCACCUUUGACGUCUCGUACACACAGGACGGGGCGACGGCUGGCCUCAGCGCGCCGCCGCAGAGCCCCGGCAGUGUCAGUAUGCGGAGGCGGGGAGGCAUCGUGGACCAGCGGGAUGUGGUGCGGGCACACCAGGCACACAAGAUCCAGAGCACACCGCAGGCACGCAGGAAGGAAUGGGAAAUGGCCCGUUUUGGGGAGGACGUGCCCAAUGUGAUGGAGUCCGGAGAGAGUGCCACGGAGCCUGCAUUGGAGGGUCAGGGAGACGCCGAAUCAACGGGGGAGAUGAAACAAGCAAAAGCCCAGCGGGCUCGCACUAUGGCCCUUUACAACCCCAUCCCGCACAGGCAGAACUGCUUCACUGUCAACAGGUCCCUAUUCAUUUUCGCCGAGAACAACAUCAUCCGUAGAUCUGCAAGGCGGAUCAUAGAAUGGCCUCCAUUCGAGUAUAUGAUUCUAGCCACCAUCAUAGCAAACUGCAUCGUGCUGGCCCUGGAGCAGCAUCUCCCAGGGGAGGAUAAGACACCAAUGGCCAAACGGCUGGAGAAAACAGAGCCAUAUUUCAUAGGCAUCUUCUGCUUUGAGUUUGGGAUCAAGCUGGUCGCUCUGGGCUUUGUAUUCCAUAAGGGGUCCUACCUGCGGAACGGCUGGAACGUCAUGGACUUCAUUGUGGUUCUCAGUGGGAUUUUAGCCACAGCUGGCGCUCACAUGAAUAUCCCAGUGGACCUGCGGACGCUUAGGGCUGUACGGGUGCUGAGACCCCUCAAGCUGGUGUCUGGCAUCCCCAGUCUUCAGAUCGUGCUGAAGUCCAUCAUCAAGGCCAUGGUGCCCCUGCUGCAGAUCGGCCUGCUGUUGUUCUUCGCCAUCCUCAUGUUUGCCAUCAUCGGUCUGGAGUUCUACAGCGGCAAGCUCCACCACACCUGCCUGCCAGUGCCAGACAUCCUCGAGAACGAAACGGUGGACUCAUCGGAGGUGGAGUUCGCCUGUGGGGUGAGGAAGUGCCCUGACAAGUACGAUUGCAACGGCACCUGGAUCGGCCCCAACGACGGCAUCACGCAGUUCGACAACAUCCUAUUCGCCGUGCUCACUGUGUUCCAGUGCAUCACCAUGGAGGGCUGGACGGCCGUCCUCUACAACACUAAUGAUGCACUGGGAGUAACAUGGAACUGGAUGUACUUCAUUCCCCUCAUUAUUAUCGGAUCGUUCUUUGUGCUGAACCUGGUUCUGGGAGUGCUGUCCGGAGAGUUUGCUAAGGAGAGGGAGCGUGUGGAGAACCGGCGAGCCUUCAUGAAACUCCGGCGGCAGCAGCAGGUGGAGAGGGAGCUCAAUGGAUACCGUGCCUGGAUAGACCGAGCAGAGGAAGUGAUGCUCGCCGAGGAGAAUAAGAACUCAGGGAGGUCAGCUUUAGAUGUUCUAAAACGAGCCACCAGCAAGAAGAACGCAAGGCGCCGCGGGCCUGGAGAGGACUCCAAGUACUCUGAGAUCUCCACAGUCGGUGGUCCCCGACCACGGGUGGGCAUCCGCACGGCGCGUCGCGGCCCGGCCGCGUACCUGAGGCGCAAGGAGCGCAUGCUGCGCAUCUCGAUCCGGCGUAUGGUAAAGACGGACUCCUUCUACUGGGUGGUGCUCAGCCUGGUGGCUCUCAACACCAUCUGUGUAGCCAUCGUCCACCACAAUCAGCCCGACUGGCUCACCAUAUUUCUGUACUAUGCUGAGUUUGUGUUUCUGGGGCUGUUUCUUGCGGAGAUGUUCCUGAAGAUGUACGGCCUGGGGUUCAGACUCUAUUUCCACUCAUCCUUCAACUGUUUUGACUGCGGGGUGAUUGUUGGCAGCAUCUUUGAAGUAGUGUGGGGAUUCUUCCGCCCAGGUGUGUCCUUUGGCAUCAGUGUUCUCAGGGCACUCCGACUGCUGAGGAUCUUCAAGAUAACAAAGUACUGGGCAUCCCUGAGGAACCUGGUGGUGUCUCUCAUGAGCUCCAUGAAGUCUAUCAUCAGCCUGCUCUUCCUCCUCUUCCUCUUCAUCGUUGUGUUCGCUCUCUUAGGCAUGCAGCUGUUUGGCGGCAGGUUCAUCUUUGAAGAUUACACCCCCACCAACUUUGACACAUUUCCGGCAGCCAUCAUGACAGUCUUUCAGAUCCUGACUGGAGAGGACUGGAACGACGUGAUGUACAACGGCAUCCGGUCCCAGGGGGGCGUGCAGUACGGCAUGUGGUCCUCCAUCUACUUCAUCAUCCUCACUCUGUUUGGAAACUACACACUGCUGAAUGUCUUCUUGGCUAUCGCUGUGGACAAUCUUGCCAACGCACAGGAAUUAACAAAGGAUGAAGAGGAGGAAGAGGAGUUCUUCAACCAGAGGUUCAAAGGCAGAGAGUUUGGCCUAUCAGAAAGGAGACGAAGGCCAUACCUGUACAGGAAGCGAGCCAUCCACCGCGGUAGGCCAGCUCCUGGCGAGGAGGAGGAGGAUGAACCACCCCCGCCCCGAGAUGAGCAGCCCGUCAACUCGGCCUUCUCCAACCGACGCGAUCGCCGCAAGAAGACAAGCAUGUCCGUGUGGGAGCAGCGGGCCAACCAGCUGCGCAAGCGGCGGCAGAUGGCCAGCCGCGAGGAGCUGUUCGGCAGCCCCACCGAGGACAACAUGGACACGCCCACUGGCGGCGGCCACCACCUGCCCCACGCGCCCUCCCUCUCCCCCGAGACCAGCCCGGGGCACCUGCCUGAGUCGCCCAUGUCCGUGGGCAUGGAAAUGCCGGAGCCGCCCAUGUCCAUCCCUGAGCCUCCCGAGUCGGAGCCUCUGCCCCUGCUGAGCUGCGUGACGGAGGAGAGGACGGGGUCUGGAGGUGGCGGGGGAGGAGCGACCAGCCACCGGUCCAACACCGAGCGGAGGCACCGCGUGGCCAGGAAGUUCCGCGCGGCGGCCAUGGUGGCCGGGAUGGAAGGGACGGCAGGGGAGGGAGGGCGGCACAGGAAGCACCACCGGCAUCGCGAGGGGCGACACAGAGAUUCGCCCACGCAGGCGGAGGGCGGCGCGGACAGGAAGACCCCAGAGGCCUGUGGUGCUGAGGAGGGCAGGCAGCCUGAGGAGGGAGCCAGCAGCCAGGCAGGAGCCAGGGAUGGAGAUGGCCACAGCAGUGAACCAUUACCCGACGUGGUGGGUGAUGUGCAGCCAUCGGCUGAGAGUGCGGAGGCCCAGCCCCUGAUGGAGGGCCACCAGGCCAGGCAGGAGGGUGGCGGGGAGGCCCCUCUAGACCAGCAGCAGGGGCCAGAGGAAGGGGUGGAGCUGGCCUACCUGACCGGCAGCACCAGGGACACACAGGAGAACACUAGUGCUUAUCUGAACCAGGAGGAACCCCCUGCUGACAACAGUGUGGUCAUUGAGAUGUCUGGAGCCCAGCCAUUGCUGGAGCUCGCCCCCAUGACUGUGAACUUCAAAGAGAUGGAGGCUUCCCACUCGGACCGGAGUGAGAGAACGGAAGAGGAUGGCGAGGAGGAAGAGGAGGCUCCGAGCCCUCCCAAACCAGUGGCGCCAGACAGCAUGUUCAUCUUCAAGGCCUCCAACCCGCUAAGAAGGAUAUGCCACUAUGUGGUGACCCUGCGCUACUUUGAGAUCACCAUCCUGUUGGUGAUUGUGGCGAGCAGCAUUGCUCUGGCAGCAGAGGACCCGGUCUGCACAAACUCAGACAGGAACAAAGUUCUGAGAUAUUUUGACUACGUCUUCACUGGUGUCUUCACAUUUGAGAUGAUAAUUAAGAUGAUCGACCAGGGCCUGAUUCUCCAUGACGGCUCGUACUUUCGUGACCCAUGGAACUUCUUGGACUUCAUUGUGGUAGUGGGGGCACUGAUAGCCUUCGCUCUGACCAAUGUGAUGGGGAACAACAAGGGGAGGGACAUCAAGACCAUCAAGUCCCUACGAGUUCUCAGAGUCCUGCGUCCCCUCAAGACCAUUAAGAGACUCCCCAAACUGAAGGCGGUGUUUGACUGUGUGGUGACCUCCCUGAAGAACGUCUUCAACAUCCUGAUCGUCUACAAGCUCUUCAUGUUCAUCUUCGCCGUCAUCGCCGUGCAACUCUUCAAGGGGAAGUUCUUCUACUGCACUGAUGGGUCUAUGAACACACAAAAAGAAUGCCAGGGCUACUACAUUGACUACUCGCGGGACAGGAAGGAGGUGAAGAGGCGCGAGUGGAAGAGACAUGAGUUCCACUUCGACAACGUCAUGUGGGGACUGCUGACCCUCUUCACCGUGUCCACCGGGGAGGGCUGGCCUGAAGUCCUGCAGCACUCGGUGGACGUGACGGAGGAGGAUCAUGGGCCCAGUCGCGGCAACCGGAUGGAGAUGUCCAUCUUCUACGUGGUCUACUUCGUGGUCUUCCCCUUCUUCUUCGUCAACAUCUUCGUAGCUCUCAUCAUCAUCACCUUCCAGGAGCAAGGAGACAAAAUGAUGGAGGAGUGCAGCCUGGAGAAGAACGAGAGAGCCUGCAUUGACUUUACCAUCAGUGCCAAGCCCCUGACCCGCUACAUGCCCCAGAACCGGCAGACCUUCCAGUACCGCCUCUGGCACUUUGUGGUGUCGCCCUCGUUUGAGAACACUGUGCUGGUGAUGAUCGCCCUCAACACAGUGGUGCUCAUGAUGAAGUACCACUCUGCUCCCCCUGCCUAUGACACGGUCCUGAAGCACCUCAACACAGCCUUCACUGUACUCUUCUCUUUAGAGUGCAUCCUCAAGAUCAUGGCCUUUGGUUUCAUAAACUAUUUUCAUGACACAUGGAACAUCUUUGACUUCAUCACCGUGUUGGGAAGCAUAACAGAGAUUGUAGUGGAUUUGCAGUCAUUCAAUGGCUUCAACAUGAGUUUCCUAAAGCUGUUUCGAACAGCUCGACUAAUAAAACUCUUGCGUCAGGGAUACACCAUCCGCAUUCUCCUCUGGACCUUUGUACAGUCCUUCAAGGCACUGCCGUACGUGUGUUUGCUCAUUGCCAUGCUGUUCUUCAUCUAUGCCAUCAUUGGAAUGCAGGUGUUUGGAAACAUCAAACUGAAUGAUGAGAGCCACAUCAACCAACACAACAACUUCAAGACCUUCUUCAGUGCACUGAUGCUGCUCUUCAGGAGUGCCACCGGUGAGUCGUGGCAGGAGAUCAUGCUGUCGUGUCUGGCAGGGAAGGGGUGUGAGCCGGACCCCUCCAUCGCCCCCCACCUGACCUCCCCCGACCACCUGGGGGGCUGUGGCACAGACUUCGCCUACUUCUACUUUGUGUCCUUCAUAUUCUUCAGCUCAUUCCUGAUGCUGAAUCUGUUUGUCGCUGUGAUCAUGGACAACUUUGAGUAUCUGACACGGGACUCGUCCAUCCUGGGGCCUCACCACCUGGAUGAGUUUGUGCGCAUCUGGGGCGAGUAUGACCGCGCCGCAUGCGGCCGCAUUCACUACACGGCCAUGUAUGAGAUGCUGACCCAUAUGUCCCCUCCACUGGGCCUGGGGAAGAAGUGUCCCGCCAAAGUGGCCUACAAGAGGCUUGUCCUGAUGAACAUGCCUGUGGAUGAAGACAUGACCGUACACUUCACCUCCACCCUCAUGUCUCUCAUACGGACGGCUCUGGAGAUCAAAAUAGCCCGAGGAGGUGAGGACCGCGUGCAGCUGGACACAGAGCUCCAGAAGGAGAUCAGCAUCAUCUGGCCACACCUCUCUCAGAAGACACUCGACUUGCUGGUACCCAUCAACAAAGACACAGACAUGACAGUCGGGAAGAUCUACGCCUCUAUGAUGAUCAUGGACUACUUCAAACAGAGCAAAGCCAAGAAGCUCAAGGCUCUGGUGGAGGCAAAGCUCUAAGCCCUCGAUAUUAUAGCGAUGCAACUGUCCCUCUUCUGUCUUUUGCAGAAGAACAGCAACAGCAGCCCAACUCUGCCUCUCAUCACACACAGUGCAGGCUCAGCCUUGACAAGAGGAGGUUUUGUGGCAUUGAGCCCUAUAUCGCCACAGGAGCUCUUCAUGCAGCCCAUAGCUCAAAACAUGGAAGAGAGCCACUCUCUAAAUGUUGUGGGAGAGUACAGUGGGUUUGUGGGUGCGGCCCUGGCCCUCCCCGGACGGGGGCUGUUUAUGCGGGCGUCCUCCAUGCCCCGCCUGGCCGUAGCCGCACAGGUGGACCUUGACAGCGGGGUGAUGAAGCGUUCCUCCUCCACGGUGGGGGAGCAGGGAGUGAACGGCUUGUGGCGGGAGGGCUCCUCCCCUGAGCGCGUCUACCGUCCGCGACACAAAAGCUACAAGGCUGCAGUGUCCCGUUCGGACCCGUGGCAGCAGGGCGAGCGGGAGCGGGAGCGCGGGCGUUCCAAGGAGCGCCGCCAUCUGCUCUCCCCAGACGCCUCCCGCUGCAACUCGGAGGAGCGCAGCCCCCAGCCCCGAUCGCGCUCCCCCAGCGCCGAGAGGCCGCCGCGGCCCGGCAACAGACAGGGCAACAGCUCCGACAGCCCGGUCCCUUCCACGUCUGAGUCCAGCACCCCAAGUGUAAGAAGGCCCACGUCCCAGACCCCCACGCGCUCGCGGCCCCACAUCUCCUACUCGCCCCUGGUGUGCCGCACGCAGGCCUCGUCAAUGGCAGACGGCGGCGACGAUGACGACGACGAGGAUGAGAGGGCCGCGCAGCGGCCUGAGGUUCGACUCAGGGAGGCUUCCUGGGACGCAGGAGGGGAGGAGGAGGAGGAGGAGGAGGAGGAGGAAGAGGAGACGGCAAUGGGCGGCAGGGGGGGGGACACAGACAGGGACAGCGAUGAGUACCUGUGCUCGCGGGCCCCGCGGCGCUGCCCCUCGGAACCCUACCUGGCGCUGCAGGACGACGAGCCAGACCCCUCGGCUCCCAUGGAGACACUCACCUUCGAGGCGGCCAUGGCGACCAGCCUCGGCCGCUCCAAUACGGUCAGCGCCUCGGUGCGCACGCGCUCUCGCAUGGGCUGGCAGAUACCCAACGGACACUUCCGGAAGCGGCUGGCCCAGAGCGCCUCCACCGCCAGCUGCGGAGCCCUCAGCGACACGGAGGAGGAUGACAAAUUAUAGAGAGGGGAUGGGGGGAUGACAGAAAAGAGGGGCACAGAAAGAGAGAAUAGGAGAGAGCGAGAGAAUCAAAGAGAGGGGGCGCGAGAAGCAUAGCACACCCACAAAAUCAAAUUGGCAGUCAGACUCGGAGAAGAUGCCAUGUAUACAUAGCAUAUUAUCAUAUAAGAGAACUGAACCACCAACACUAAACUCACCUGUCAUGUUCACACAAAGCAUCAAUGCAAAACCAAUGUUUGGUUUGGAGGGAGAUAUGGAGAAGAGAGGCAAUAGUGUCUGUUGGCAUGAGGCAUGAGACGUGUAAAUGUAUGUCGUGCAAUAUUGCUGUUUUUUUUAUGUGAAGAGGCUGCAGCCCACGGCCUUGGACUCCAAUGGCUAAAGCUGUUUGAGAGGAAAUUUAAUAAAACUAGAAAACUUUAUUUUGGAACAUGGCAUUGCACAAAAUGCAUUGAAUGCCCAUCCAAUGAAUAGUAUCAACAGGUGACAUAGAUGUAGAUGCUGGAUAGAAUGAAGUGCGGUGUUGCAUUAGAUGAAGUAUAUUUAUUAUUAUUAUUAUUAUUAUACAUUGCAAUUAAAUUCUGAAGGUAUUCAUGUAAUAUUCUGCUUCAGGGUUAAUGUGCAGAUAUUGUGUGUGUGUUUGCGUCUGCGCGUGUGUGUGUCUGUGUAUGUGUGUGAGAGAGAAUGUGCCGGAGAGAGAGAGUGUACAUUUGUGUACAUUUCUGAGACAAAAGGAGAGUGUGAAUGUGUAUUGUGUAAUACACCACAUAAAGGGAAUUAAAGACUAAAAGCCAUGGAUAUUAUUUAUAUAGACUAGAUGUUUGCAAGCCAUCUACCUGAUUCGAUCAGCAAUCUCCAUACAUAGCAAUGGUCUACACUGGGACACAUCCCCAUCCAGUCUCCACUCUGAUUAGACACGUAGACAAGAUCAAAAAAAAGUGUGAGCACUGCCUCUAAAAUAUAUCUUUUUUUAUUUGAAAAGCUAGAGUAACCAAUACAAGGUGGAUACGUUCAUGAAUGGCUCUCGAUUUAUCUAUGGAUGUGUCCAGUGGUGAAGUCGGACCAAACCUGCAAUAGCCUUUAUCAGCUCGAGUUUGAGCGGCACCUUGUAAAUACGUGCUUUAACUCCAUUUUGUCCAUAUUUUCUUGUUGUUAAAUAAACAGAGGUAUUGCUGUCCACUGGUCCCCUAUUGACCUAUUUGUACAGUAUCACAUACUUUCGUAUCUUUAUGUGUGACCACUUAAAUUGACAGCUCCCCUAUGUAUGUAUAAAAGCUAAGUGAAAGACUUUUGCUUGUUGACUAUUCUGACAUUUUGGUUCUCUCUUCUGUACAAACUUGCACAAUCAACAGCUUCCUGUGUCCUGGUUAUACCGCCAGGUAUCAGAGCUUAUUGUCGGAGGGGUUCGUUAAAAAAAAUACAGGGCUCUUUAAGGGAUAGCUUCAGCUGCUCACCUCAUCCUAUAUAGAGAUAUUACAUGCUUGUUUUUAAUCUGUGACAAGGGGUGCAGUCCAAUAUGCAACCUUGCGUCCUCCACUUGUGCUUGUGGCCUCAACCCACCUCCUGGCCCCACCUCCAUGAAGAAAACAAUAUAGUUUUCCAGCUGUCAGUCUAGCCAAAACAUUUUUUGGGGACUAUUCUUCAUUCAUCAUUCAGUUUGCAAAUGAGAAAAUGACUUUGCGAGAUAAUGAAAUAUAAUGUUGUUGUCAGUGAUGUCAUCCUGACAUAUUACUUCUUGGUACAAGGCCACAAGCACAAGUGGAGGACGCAAGGUCGCAUAUUGCAACGCACCCAUGGACAGAUGGAGCAUCCGCUCCAGCUGGACAAGAACUCAGUCCCUUGCUUACUUUUUCCGCCCAGUCGUUCACAGGACGCAUGGAAGAACAAUGCAAUUCUGUUAUUUGACUGACUGUUGAUGUUGGAAUGGUCCAUCAAGUGCGCUGGCCAAUAAAAAAAAGCUAGAAGACACUGUGACCUUGAAGGAAUGGGAUUGUGCAGUGCAAAUUUAGAAAUAUGUUUCUGUGGUGAUUCUGUGUUUCAGUUUUCAUUGUAAAGGACCAACUAAGUGAAUUGAUG